GAAUGUGUUAGUCGGAAGUCGGCUGGCUGAGGCUGAAGUUGGAUAUUGUGGUUGUUUGUCUGUUUUUCUAAAAUUCCAGAUGCGGAUGGUGUUUUUCUUGUGAUAAGUGUGUAAAGUGAAAAAUCAGAAUGCCUAGUCAAGAAAUCGCCCUGCCUCAGCCUCCGCAGGCGGAAAACGAGGAGACUGUACCUUCUUCACAGCCUAUCGUAGGCAUAAUCUAUCCUCCGCCGGAGGUUAGAAAUAUCGUUGAUAAAACUGCGUGUUUCGUCGCCAGAAAUGGUCCCGAGUUUGAGUCAAGGAUUCGACAGAACGAAUUGGGGAAUCCGAAAUUUAAUUUCUUGAAUUUUGGCGAUCCCUAUCAUGCUUAUUAUCAGCAUAAGGUUCAAGAUUUCAAAGAGGGCAAAGGCGGCCAAGAACCGACUAUUGGUGUGGGACUUCCGAAAGGCGUUAACCUCACUGCUCAUCAGAAGCAGCAGGAAAUUUUAAAGCAAGUAGAGCAGCCCUUCGUUCCAAAAGAUCCUCCGCCUGAGUUUGAAUUUAUUGCUGAUCCACCUUCAAUUUCAGCUCUCGAUCUGGAUAUAGUGAAGCUUACUGCACAGUUCGUUGCACGUAAUGGACGUCAGUUCUUAACAAAUUUGAUGAACCGCGAACAGAGAAAUUUCCAGUUCGACUUCUUACGUCCCCAACAUUCCUUGUUUCAGUAUUUCACUAAACUUCUCGAACAGUACACUAAAGUUUUGAUUCCACCGAAAGAUUUGCUGCCACGAUUAAGAGAUGAGUCAACGAAUAAAGACAGAAUUCUAGAACAAGUGAAAUAUCGAGCCGAAUGGCUUAAAUACCAAGAGGCACAAAGACGCAAGGAAGAAGAAGAGUUGGAACGAGAACGUGUUGCUUAUGCACAAAUCGACUGGCAUGAUUUCGUCGUUGUCGAAACUGUCGAUUAUCAGCAAUUCGAAGUUGGUAAUUUCCCAGCGCCGACAACGCCAGACGAGGUUGGAGCGCGAGUUCUGAUGCAGGAACGUAUAGAGGAUGGAGAUGAUGUAGAGAUGCAAAUCGAAAGCGACGGAGACGAUGAGAUGCCACACCGACCCGAUGGUGGUGAGAAGGACCGAGCAAAGGACAAUAACCAGGUUCAAGAUAUGGAGGAAGACUCGAGUGACGAGGAAAUGAUGGCACCGCCAGGGGAGUCACAGAGAGGAAAGGACAACAAAAAUCGUGAAAACAUGCAACCUCCGCCUUUGCCUCCGAGUCACGGACACGUUCUCAUCAAAAAGGACUACAAUCCUAAACAGAAUGCCGCCAAAGCUGCUCGUCCUCCUGCACCCGAGGAAUAUCUCAUAUCUCCACUCACUGGAGAGAGAAUUCCGGCAAGUAAAGUGCACGAGCAUAUGCGAAUUGGUCUGCUAGAUCCUCGAUGGGUGGAACAACGAGACAAGCAUCUGGACAAACAGUCUCAGGAGACAGUCUUUGCCCCGGGAACGGCAAUCGAGGACAGUCUCAAGCAACUGGCAGAGAGACGUACCGAUAUUUUCGGCGUCGGUGACGAGGAAACUGCAAUUGGUAAGAAGAUUGGCGAGGAAGAUAAGAAGAAGGAUGAUAAGGUUACUUGGGAUGGACAUACGUCGAGUGUGGAGGCAGCGACGAGAGCGGCAAGGGCAAAUAUCACUCUCGAAGAACAGAUUCAUCAAAUACACAAAGUGAAGGGUUUGCUGCCGGAUGAGGAGAAAGAGAAAAUUGGACCGAAACCUGUUACUCGAGCUUCGGAGUUGUCUCACAUGGCAGCCGUUGCAUCGAAGCCCCAGGCUACCUUGAAGGCCCCUCCGAAGCCUCCUGCACCCAAACCGAUGCCGGUUCCUCCUCAACCUCCUCCACCGAUGUCAAUGCCACCAAUGGGUAUGCCGCAACCAAUGAUGCCUCAGCCGCCAAUGAUGAUGAUGGCUCCUAUGCCACCCAUCAGACCACCUCCUCUCUUGGCGCCUGCGAUGUCACCGUUCAUGCCAACUCCACCACCAAUGCAACCUCCCAUGCCUGCUGGUAUGGGUAUGAAGCAUCCAGCAGAGCCGAUGGAAGAGGAACCUCCAUCCAAGAAGUUGCGUACCGAAGACUCAUUGGUUCCCGAACAACAGUUCUUGGCUAGAAAUAAGGGUCCAAUACAGCUUUGCAUUGCUGUUCCAUUGAUGGCCGAAAAGACUGAAUGGAAGUUGAAUGGCCAAACUCUGACAAUCACUUUACAGCCUAAUGAUACUGUAGCGGUUAUGAAGGCUCGUAUUCACGAACAAACUGGAAUGCCUCCUGGAAAGCAGAAGCUUCAGUAUGAGGGUAUGUUCUUCAAGGAUAACAAUUCACUAGCUUACUACAACUUAACAUCAGGUAAUGUGAUCAACUUGCAACAGAAGGAACGAGGAGGUCGUAAAAAGUAAAAUGCUUCGUGUCAAUCACGAAUAAGUUUGCAGGUAUAUAUUUUAAUUUAUAUUGACUCGCCGAUAUAUGCUGUCCUUUAAAAUAAAUGUCACUGUGGAUGAAUAUUGAAUAUCGUUGAAUUGUGAUCAAAUAUUUGAACAUUCAUAAUUCAUCAGUGAAAAAUGCAGUUUUUCAGUAAAAACUAGGGGGGGGGGGGGGAAUUAAACAGAUCUUGUUUAUUGACACUUUUUUAUUUUUACGAAAUAAAUUAGGUAAAAGUAUAUAACAUUUUUAUAAAAUCUACAAUAGGAAUGAAUGUUUCACUUGAGAUUGCACUUUUUUGUCACAAUUUGCAUGGAAUAGCGUCGGUUAUUUGAUAUAUACGUCAAACAAUUUGUGCGUGUGCCGAUAAAAGAUUUAGAGCGGGCACUGGUAUCUGCUUCUUAAAAUGUAAAUAAGUCUAGCUUACUCGUUAGGAAAAUAGCAAACAGAUUUCAUGUGCAAAACUUCACAUUUCAGCAUCGUUGUAACGUCAUUCGAAUAAACAAAGAUUAUUUGACAAGAA